CCUUCCCUUCCUUUCCCUUUCCUUCUUCUUCCUCUCCUCAACGAAACCCUAGCUAGCUCCGACCCUACCUAACCUAGGAGGGAGGGACGGACGGACUGACUAGGGCCUCCAAUGGGCAAGCUCCUCUGCGAUUCCUCCGCCGCCGUCGCCGAGGCCCUUCCCCCUUCUCCCGCCCCUCUCCUCACCUGGACCUCCCCCUCCCCAUCCCCUGCCCCCGCCCCCUCCACCUGGGCCGCCGUCGCCGCCCUCGAGGACCAGCAGCGCCGCCGCCUCCACCGGAUCUGGGAGCGCGGGGUCGCCUGGAAGCCCCCCGCCCCGGCCCCUCCCCUUGUCUUCCGCCUUGACCACGCUGGGGAGGUCGAUGCCGACGGCAACUGCCUCUUCACCGCCGCCCGCAGGGCCGCCGCCGCCAAGCCCGACGCGCGCGACCUCAGGCACCGCAUCGUCCGCCGCUUCGCCGACGUCUAUGCUGCCGCCUCCGCCCCCGACAGGGAAGCCGUCGAUGCGGCCGUGCGUCACCUCUACCACCCGGAUCUCAACUCCGGCUGGGGCGUCCACGUCGUGCAGGACCUCAAGCUGCUCGCGCCCAAGGCCCUCCGCGACGACCUCGACGCUGCCAUCCGGGACCUUGUCCAACUCGGCAUCCAAAGGGAAAUGGCAGCUGAAACUAUCUACAAGGAGAGGUGCAUAGCUGUAAACAACGGAGAUAGUUGGACCAAAUACAUGUCUGUUUCCGGUUCUGCAGAGGACGAGCACGAUAUAAUCACUCUGCAGUACACAGAGGAAGGCCUACUGACCAUUGAUGAGAACCGGGAUGGCCAUGCAGCAGCUUUUGGUGAUGAUAUAGCUAUUGAAUGCCUAGCAACCGAGUUCAAGAGAGAAGUUUAUGUGGUGCAAGCGCAUGGAGCGGAUGCAAUGGUUGAUGAGGACAACUGUGUGUUCUUUCUUCCGCACCGGCCUAGAGGAGAAAUAUGCGAGCCACCAAUUUUUCUUUUCAUGAAGGGAACAGCAUGGUGUGGUGCUGGUGCUGACCACUACGAGCCUUUGAUAGCCACUGUCCUCCAGAAUGUUACUCCAGACAAGGCAGCUGUUGUACUCUGAGGAUGACCGCCUUCUUUUUCUCUCCCCCAGUUCUAGUCACUGAUGGAGUUGAGCCAAUUUUGUAAUCAGAGCUAGAAUGCUUUAUUCAGGAGCAAACAUCUAGUAUGCCCAAGAGAGCAGAGAUGAUCUAACAUUGCGCCGCAGGGUAUUGCCUGCAUGAAGUUGUGUACUAUCAUUCAUUUUGUAUGUUGAUUUGAUUGGUGUAUGUUUUGAUAGGUUCUGACUGGUGAGAAGAUUCAGAGUGGUAGAAAUUUGAAUAUUGGAUCUAGAUUCUGUUGUGAGUUUUUGUGCGCAAUUGUAGCCGGCAUUUUGGUAUUGCCUCUGCCUCUUGUGAGGAUGAGGAAUUUUUGUUUGCUUGUUUGUAGGAAAAUGAUUGGACAUUUGAAAAUGAUAUGAUUCUUUUCAGUUUUGGGUUACUCGUUAUUC